CACACUCCAAGUUUCUGUAUCAUCUUCAUCUCCCAACAAGAUCCCCAUUUAUUUCUCAAUUCUGUGGGGCAAUGGCAAUGCCUUCUCAUGUCCGAAUUCCGUGACAGUGAAAUGGAAUAGCUGCUUGAAAUUGGCAUCAACUAAACGAAUAUUCCACCAGAAAUGAGACUCGACAAGCACGAGGAUGCUCGCCGUGCCCUGGUUCUUGCUUUCUUGGCGUUCUCGAGCUUGGCUUCGGAGCCCGUCGAUGGCGGGACUACGAGCGCCUUCGUUAGGAGCGCUAACCUGUCAUUGGAUAUGCCGCUGUGGAGCGACGUGUUCCGGGUCCCUCCGGGCUAUAAUGCACCUCAGCAGGUCCAUAUAACACAAGGAGAUUAUGUGGGAAAAGGCGUGAUCGUGUCUUGGAUUACUCCUGAUGAACCGGGAUCGAACACGGUCCUCUACUGGGCCGAGAACAGCACGGCCAAGAGCCAAGCCGAAGGCAUCGUCGUGACCUACAAGUACUACAACUACACCUCGGGUUACAUCCAUCAUUGCACCAUCGAUAACUUGGAGUAUGACACCAAGUACUACUAUGAGGUCGGUAUCGGGAACACGACACGGACAUUCUGGUUCAUAACUCCUCCAGGGAUCGGCCCCGAUAUUCCCUACAAGUUUGGCUUGAUAGGGGAUCUCGGUCAAACUUACGAUUCGAACAGAACGCUCACCCAUUACGAAUUGAACCCUGCAAAAGGACAGACAAUGUUGUUCGUAGGAGACUUGUCCUAUGCAGAUGAUUACCCGUUCCAUGACAAUGUCAGAUGGGACACCUGGGGGAGGUUCAUCGAGAGGAAUGCAGCUUACCAACCUUGGAUUUGGACUGCUGGGAAUCACGAAAUCGACUUUGAUCCAGAAAUUGGGGAAGACAAACCGUUCAAACCUUACACCCACAGAUUUCACGUGCCAUAUAAAGCAUCCUGGAGCACAGCGCCCUUCUGGUAUUCCAUCAAGAGGGCUUCGGCGCAUAUCAUCGUUAUGGCUUCUUACUCUGCAUUUGGGAAGUACACGCCUCAGUACAAGUGGCUGGAAGCAGAGCUGGCGAGGGUGAACCGGACCGAGACGCCAUGGCUCAUAGUGCUCAUGCACUCCCCGAUGUACAACAGCUAUGUGAAACAUUACAUGGAGGGCGAGACGAUGAGGGUGAUGUACGAGUCAUGGUUCGUGGAGUACAAGGUCGAUGUUGUCUUUGCUGGUCAUGUUCACGCCUACGAACGAUCUGAACGAGUGUCAAACAUUGCCUACAACAUCACCAACGGCAGGUGCACACCUAUAAGGGAUGAAUCAGCCCCCAUUUACGUAACCAUUGGAGAUGGAGGAAAUUGCGAAGGAUUGGCAACAGAGUUUACAGAGCCACAACCCAGCUACUCAGCCUUCAGAGAGCCGAGCUUCGGGCACGGGAUGCUGGAAAUAAAGAACAGGACUCAUGCCUUCUUCAGUUGGCACCGGAACGAGGAUGGGUACGCUGUGGAAGCCGAUUCAGUAUGGUUGUACAACAGAUACUGGAACUCCCUGAAAGAGCCAUUCCGAUAUAAGGAUUGCCUCACACUUGACCUCAAAAAUAUUUUUCCCGACUCAUAAUAUUCUUUCCCAAGUCAUUUUCUCCUUGUAUAUCAAUAUCUCACUUCCAAAUUUUUUGGAAGAAAGAAAAACGGCUUCGAACAAGCAGCAGCAGCAGCAGCAGAAGAAGAAGAAGAAAGUCGACGACGAGAAAACAAUUACCAUAUUGAGAAAUCAAAUAUUUUCCUCAACAGAUAACGUAAUUUGCAGCUGUAUUACGCAUGAUAUCGUACUUAGAUUUAUAUAUUGUUGAUGAUUUGGCAGGC